GGAAGAUCUGUCGUUUAUCUGUCCAUUUGCCGAAGAUCUGGAGCAGACCUACCCCGUUUCGUUCGCAAACAUGUCGUCAUUCGUCGGAUUUCUCCUCAUCGCAUCUGCCGCUGGUCUCUCGUGCCGUCCCACCUCAGCCUGGCAGCCUUAUGAGCACCUCAAGAUGCCUCUCGCUUCACCUCUGGCGGGAAUCGACCGCCCGACUCAUCGCCUGCGACGCGCGCCGUCCUUCGUCCCACCUACCAUCGCGGAGCCUGCUGCUUCCACACUGGCAGGGGGGCGGCGUGCGGCGCCUGGGUGGUUGUCGCUGAAUGAGGGGGGAUCCAUGGAUUGGUGGGUGUCGGGGCCAAUGGUGGAGGAUAUGGUUGCCAGCUACACGAGGGGGCUGGACGACGUGCCGCUGCCCCUGCAGGCGUCCAUCUUCCGGAUGAUUCCCGCACACCCUUAUGAGACGCCGACCGGACUACACGGAGACCCUGCAUGUGAGUGCAGUGCAAAUGUGGUGGGUGGGUGGGUGGGUGAGGGAUGGUUAUGGGUGGUGUGGCGUCCUUUCGUUCCCUUGUCCCUCUUUGUGUGUGUGCAGCCCAUGUUCUCGCCUCCACCUUCUUGCUGGACGCGCCUCAUGAGCCGCUGUUCGUCACGCGAAGCGACAAAGUCAUUGACGCAGGUCAGGUCAGCCAGGGGGGUAGAGUAGAAGGGGGAAAAGAACGUGGCUGCGUUGUGUGCAUGAUGUCAGACUAUGUGAUACUCCAGUCGACGUUCACCAACAGCACAGUAAGUUUGUAUGUGGACGGGACGGGCAGAGGGAUGGCAGCUCGUAGCCUACACGCACCACACACUACAUUCCACCCAACUGAUGCGUGUGCGCACUGCAGCUGUUGGGUCGUGUGGUCAUGAAGUGCCCCAAGUGGGAUGUGGCCUUCAUCAAACUCCAAGAGCCAUACUCACUCGACGUAAGUCGACGAGCCGCACAUCAGACAGGCAGGCAGGCAGGCAGGCAGUUCUUUCCUCCUUCCAUCAUUCAGGCAUACAAGCAGUAUGUGAGUGAGAAGCUGGGUGGCGUUGUCCCCGAGCCGUUCGUGGCGGAGGACGCCUCACACGAGGCCAUCGAGGGCGCACCAGUCAUGGUGAUGGGCUACAUGGCCAACCAAGGCUCCAUGCUGCCAGCUGAUGUCGAGGUGGGUGAGGGUGAGGGCAAGCUUUCGUACAGCCCAUAUACCGGCCCAGCUACCCUGCACGGCACACUCAAGGGUGAGGGGAGGUGGGAGGGGACGCAGACAGACUGAAUGCCAUGUGCCUCUCUGCAUUCUGUCACAUUUCCUCGCUCACCCGUGUGUGUACAUGUCAGAUACUCUGUGCUCCAUCGAGAAUGGCGUGAUGCUGCCGCACAAUGUCUACGUCCCUUUCGGCACGUCUGGCGGCCCCACCGUCGAGCGCAACACGGGCAGAGUGCUGGGCAUGAGCGCUGUUGCCUACCUAGGUAUGAUUCAUGUACGUGGACCGUUCGUUCCUUUGUGACUGCAUCUUUGGUUGGUGUAGAGGACGAGGAUGACGAAAUGGCCCCGUCUGAGAUGCCGACAUUUCUGUCUGUGUUCGUCUGGAAGCUCCUCAUGCUCGCCCGGGUGUACGCCGACAACCAGAAGGAGGAAUUCACUACAAUCGUAAGACAGACCACAGACAACAGACAGACAGACACCCACACCCACACCCACCCACCGAUCUUCUCGCCUUCUCUACGCAUCGAUGCGAUGCAUGGAUGCCUCCCCAUCCAUGCAGGUCGGUAUUCCUCGUCUGGAGAAGGAUUGGUCCAAGAAUGAGACCGAGAUGUGUUUCUCAGAGGGCCUUAUGAAGGCCGGCUUGGCGUCUGCAAGCUACGAAGAGAUGGCGCCUCUCGACGUCGAGAUUCAGCAGCUUCGAGAGGCUUUCACGGACGCGGUGCUGCGGAAGCACUGGGACGUGCUGUCGGUGGCGUUUGGGAUGGAGAACAUCAAGAAGGAGGACAUCGACGAGAUGCCUGCGCCCAUCUUCUUCGUACGCUUGAGCAAGACCAAAAUGAUCCUUCAGUCACCGAUCCGCCCACCAAAUAAAUGUGUGCGUGUGUGUGUCCCCCUGUGCACUGCAGCAAGUGCUGCACGACCUGAUGUAUCUGUGGGUGAACCCACACAUACAUCAGGUCCCUGCCAGAAGAGACUGGGUACACAGCAGGCAGCCGCUGAUUUGAUUAGCACUGAGUGAGUAUCGAUCGCUGCCUUCCUUGUGUGUGUGUGGCCAUACAUACAUACAUACAUACAUAAAUCUGCAGGUCGAUCGUCAUCGGUAUCUGUUUCCUACUGUGUCCGAGCUGCUGGGUCGCAACGCGACGGCCUUGGGCAUGAUGGGCAUUGACUAUUUCUUGGCGUCUGUCCAGGCCUACAAUGCCAAUGCCUUGAACGAGAUGGGCCAGAUGGUCACUCAGUCUAUGCAUGCGUCUGUCCUGGCCCAAAAAGGUAAGGUAUACCUAGGGGGUCCUGUCGUAUGUGUGUGUGCACACGCUAAGCUACAGGCAGGCAGGCCAUUCGUUCAGCUACCAACGUAUCCCUUGUGUGCCCACCUCUCCCUUCUUUCAUUCAUUCAGACACUGAUGAAAGCAUUGGCGCGCAGCCGGAGGGCUGAUUUGAUUUGUCGGGUCGGCAGGUGCUGAGCGGCCGAAGGAUCUAUUCACACAUUUUUUUAUUGUGUGACAUGAGACAGAGGGUGCGACUGCAUUUAGGAAGGUUCUCCAGGGUCCUAUGCGUCUGUCUGUCUAUCGCACUCUGUCUAGUCGUGUCGACGGGAUGAGGGUUUAGUCAGGUCGGCCGUGAGUGUGCCGUGCCGUCAGGUCGGAUGGAUCACAUAAUUAGUGGCACGGCGGGCGGCAGACAGCAGAGGGACGCGACGCGACACGGCCGUCACACACAUCAUGUGGCCGUCGUAUUUGUUACUUACAUGCUCAGAUUGACUGCAUGGCAUGUGUGUGCUGCGCUGCGCUCAGAAGGAGAGAGGCGAACUCCUGACUGACUGACGCGGGCUGGUUGGCUGUGUGGUGACGGUGUGUGGGUGUGGGCAUGUUGGGCUGCAUGAUACAUAAGACAACCAACAGGUUUUUGUCGUACAGGUAAGGUAGAACAGGCUGUUUGGCUGGAGGGAUGGCUGGCGUGGAACGGCCAUGGGUGUCUGUGGUGAGUGGUAGACAUGACAGCGCCGCGUGUGUGUGCGAAUGAAAUUCUUCCACGUGUGUGUGGUGCGCUGGUGAGUGCGACGCGGGAAGGACACACACACUUGACGACACAUCGCAGGAGCGAAUCAACGCACCAGGUCCAUCCAAUGCACGCAGCGAUAGACAAGUGGACGCCCUUCUGUGUGCCUCGUGUGCCUUGCUUGCUGACCUCCAUGGUGACGUCCAGCCAUCUGUCUUGACUAGAGUAGUGCAUGAUGCACUCGGACCAGCCUGUGCGGUAACGUACUUCAACCCAG